GAGAGAGGUGGGAACCUUGAGAGACCUUUCAGCAGAGAAGACCAUGCGACUUAGCUCUUUGUAGGAUCACUCUGGCUGCUGCAUGGGGAAGACUGGCAGGGUGAGGGUGGUAACCACCCAGGCUGAGAGGCCUCUGUCCUGGCCCUCCUCCAGCAGUGCUCCUUUGCAAGCCCUGGGAAAGUCCUGCCCAGAGCCCGUGCACAGCCCCACUUGUAGAUCACACUUGGGAUAACAGGGACUCUGGAAUUACCUCCCAAGUGGCCCAUCUUCUCCUGGGCUUGUCCUUUGCAGGGCAAACCUCAGUGCCCUACCGAUGUGCAUCCAUAGUCCUGAAGGGUGUCCAAGGGCAGCCGUUUGCAAGGUAUGCAUGGAGCUUGGGUGUCCGUAUGCACCCAAAAGACACACUCUAUCUCACAGUGUGCGACAGACCUGGUAGGCAAAGAAAAGGUGUGGGUCAAGGAGUAAGGGCCAGCUCUUCCUAUGUUGCCUUGCUCUUGUGUGGAAGUCUGAAGAGUCCAGGUCAUUAGGAGGAAAUAUUUGUCAGAGUGAGAAUGGAACGUGCUUUAUUUAUUUAUUGUAGAAAAAGUCAACAAAGUCAUCAUUCGUGUUCUAGGUUUCUUUGGGAUUAAAGCAGGUGGCCGCAGGGCCAAUCCAAAGACCUGCAGUCAGUCGCAGGGAAAGUAGUAGUAAUGGUAAUGGAGGUCAGAAGAGAAGAGGUCUUACCGGGCUCUGCCCUCACAGACAUCUGCACAUCCAAGGCCCAUUCGAGGAACCGGAACGGAAAUCCUGCCGAGGACUGGGGAGAACAAUCAUUUUUCCAGGGAGGAGAUUUUAAACCACAGUCAUUCCCCAACAUGGAAACCCCUAGUGGAGGAAGAGGCUGUGGGGACUGUGAAAUUGCGAGAAGCACCAGGAUGCCUUCCAGCUCCAUCAAACAAGACAGUGUUGCCAUGGAAGAGAAAGCCCCUGUGUUAGUUCCACGUGGAGGAAGCUUUGAGCAAGCCCUGGAGCCAGCCGAGUUGCAGGCAGCCUGUGUGAGCGGGAAACCCUGCAGAUGCAGCGUGUGCGGGAAGAGCUUCAAGCAGCGCUCGGCCCUCACUGUGCACGAGAGGACUCACACCGGAGAGAAGCCGUACCUGUGCGGCGCAUGUGGAAAAGUCUUCCGGUGCAGGUCCAACCUUAUCGAGCACCAGAGGAUCCACACUGGCGUGAAACCCUACAAAUGCAGCGAGUGUGGGAAGGUCUUCAUUCAGAACUCCACUCUCACGCUGCACCAGAGGACGCACACCGGCGAGAAGCCUUACAAGUGCAGGGAGUGCGGCAAGGCCUUCCGGGGAAGCUCGGACCUGCGGAAACACGAGCGCAUUCACACUGGCGAGAAGCCCUACCAGUGUCAGGAGUGUGGGAAAGCCUUCCGGUGGAGCUCGCCCCUGAUCCGCCACCAGAGGAUGCACAGCGGCGAGAAGCCGUACCAGUGCAUCGAGUGCGGCAAGGCCUUUGGGCAGAGCUCCACCCUCAUUGAGCACCAUAAGAUCCACACAGGUGAGAAGCCCUAUGAAUGCCUGAACUGCGGCAAGGCGUUCAAGGGCAGCUCGGACCUCAGCCAGCACCAGCGCAUCCACACGGGCGAGAGGCCCUACGCGUGUGGCGAGUGUGGACGCACCUUCAUGUGGAAGACGGCACUCGUCACCCACCAGAGGACGCACAGUGGGGAGAGGCCCUACGUGUGCGGCCAGUGCGGCAAGGCCUUCGUGCAGAGCUCGCAGCUCAACCAACACCAGCGGAGCCACACGGGUGAGAAGCCCUACGAGUGCCCGGCGUGCGGGAAGGCCUUCAGUGUGAGCGCGUACCUCGUGGAGCACCAGCGGAUCCACACGGGCGAGAAGCCCUACUCCUGCCUGGAAUGCGGCAAGGCCUUCAUUCAGCGCUCACACCUCGCCCAGCACCAACGGAUCCACACGGGAGAGAAGCCCUACACCUGUGGCAAGUGUGGCAAGGCCUUCCGAUACAGCUCCUACCUGCUCCAGCACCAGAAGCUCCACACCAGGGAAUAGCUCUGACGGCCCUCUGCUAGCAAUGCC